GAAGGUACACAGUAGGGGUAGUGGGUUUAUGGCCAGCAUUUUGUCAUGGGGCCUGUGCAUCUGGGGACGUGGCUUCUGCUGUUAGCUGUGUCCGGGGCUUGGGCUGGCUCGUCGAAGGAGGAGGAUGGUGACACAGAACGACUGCCCAGUAAAUGCGAAGUGUGUAAGCUGCUGAGCCUGGAGCUACAGGAAGAGCUGAGUCGCACUGGAAGAUCCCGAGAAGUAUUGGAGUUGGGGCAGGUACUGGACACAGGCAAGAGGAAGAGACAUGUCCCUUACAGUGUCUCAGAAACGAGACUGGAAGAGGCCUUGGAGAAGCUGUGUGAGCGGAUCCUGGAUUAUAGUGUCCAUGCUGAGCGCAAGGGCUCGCUGAGAUAUGCCAAGGGGCAGAGUCAGACCAUGGCAACACUGAGAGGCCUGGUGCAGAAAGGGGUGAAGGUGGAUCUGGGGAUCCCUCUGGAACUGUGGGACGAACCCAGCGUGGAGGUCACGUUCCUUAAGAAGCAGUGUGAGACAAUGCUGGAGGAGUUUGAAGAUGUUGUGGGAGACUGGUACUUCCACCACCAGGAGCAGCCCCUGCAGCAUUUUCUCUGUGAAGGUCAUGUGCUGUCAGCUGCUGAAACUGAUUGCUUACAGGAAACUUGGACUGGAAAGGAGCAGGUCACUGAUGGGCAAGAGAAGACAGAGGAGGAAGAGGAGGAGGAAGAGACUAACACAGCAGGUCACCCUAAACAUGACCCAGAGGAUCUUUGAACCUUUAGCCCCCAGGAGGGGCAAAGGUCAUGGAGAAGAUGAGCAGGAGUGUGUGCAUGUGUGAGUGACUUUACCCGGAGCUUGUACUUGUUUCCCAUUUGGUCUUAGGCAAAAUCUUGGUGAUGCAGCAUGGCGUGGCUGUGGGGAGAAGGCAGGUGCUGUAGAUAGAGGCCUACCGUAACUGCUUGUCAGUGAAUCUUCUAGUUGCCGUCAGGUGUGUGUGUGUGUGUGUGUGUGUGUGUGUGUGGGUGGUGACAGCUUUUCCUUUAAUAUCUGUUCCUCCCCACUCCACCCAGAGGUCAGCAAUGGCAUAGAAACCAUGGACCUUAGGAACCUUUGCACCAUGGGGGUUUUUAGACCCUGACAAGGAAGGAGCCAGGAUAAACAUUCGCUAAGACUUAAAAUAUGUUACCUGCAUCCUGGAGGCUACAUGUCAACAAACUGAACAAAGAUGGGGACAAUGAAUGGGAGUGGGACGAUGUUGAUCGCUGAGGUGGGGUAGAUUUUUGUACUACUCCAUACUUGUUUCACCCAGGGAUGCACCGUAUUAUUUCAAAGGUGCCAAUUUUUCUAUAUCACUAGUAAACUUUGGAGGAAAAAGGAGAGCAAAAUAAAAUCCCCAGCUACAUCCAAA